AUGACACCUAAAUCUAAGCGAGUAACUGCUGAACAUACAAGAAAUCGCGUUCGCGAUAACCAACGUCGUCACCGUGCUCGGAGAAAAGACUACAUCGCCACACUGGAGGAGAAGAUUGCUGAAGCAGACAGAACCAUCUCAAGUCUAAGAAGCCAGGUUGACGAUCUUGAAGAGACGUUAAAACGCGACAGCAAUGGACGAACUUUGACGACACUCGCAGCAGGGCCCGAAUGUGUAGACAUUCAGGAAGCACCAACCGAUUUUGACAUAGACGAUCUACUACUUCCAAUUACCGGUCUUGUCACAGAGGAACCCAAGGAAAUAAACGACCCAGAUCGUGAUGACUUACCCGAUAUGAACAUCGAGCUCACUGACUUGGCACUAUCAAUCCUUCAACCUGCCAUGUUUCCUCCGCCAUCUCAGACGGGAGAUUCUCUUGCAUAUCAAAGCUACCAAAACAACAACUACCAAAAACAAAACCAAUCCGCAAUUGCGGCCAACACAUGCUGUUCACCUUCGUUUCCACCAGUUGAAACAGAACUAAGCGCAGAGCUAACCAGACUUUGCUGCGAAGCCUACAUCCUCAUCGCCCAACAAGAUGCCACUGUACUCAGAGACGAGACUAGUGAUGAGCUGCUGUUUGGUGAAGGCUGA